AUGGACAAAGGCUUGCUAUCAAGCGAUCUGCUUAGCUACCUCAAACUUGAAUAUCUGCCAACGAAUGUUGCUCUUGUCAAUGAAUCUUACCCAUCCGAAUGUAUUCAGUUUCGUUCGGUUCUUGAUGCCUCACACCUGCGCUUUCGUGUCAAUGGAAUCCCAACGACCGCCGAGAAGGAGAAGUCUCCAGUGGUAGAACCCCCUCCUGACUCUCUUCCAUUGAAACCAUCGCGGCGGGAGAAAAACCAGUCCCCAGAGCUUCAUUUGUCUCCGGUCGAGGAACCGAUGCCAAACCUAUUGCCAAAUGAUUUUCCAGAAAACGUCACUGAAAGUGUGCCCCACGCCGUGAUUUUCGAAUCGGUUCAAGAAAAUGCAACCGAAGAAGCGUGUGGAAGAGGAGAUCGGGAGCGGGAUGCACUGGAUGAAAUAAUAGAUGAAGCUAAGGCCACAAGUCAUCUGCCUCUAGAUCCAGUUGAAUUUUCCAUUGACGAAUCUGCCGCUGAUACUUCCGAUAUCGAAACAUCGAGCUCUGAGGAGGAAUUAAGUUGGAAACCGCGAAAAACAUCCACAGGAGAAGGCGAAGCCAAAGACAAAGAAGAAUCUGACUGGACCAAAGGUUUUGCCUGCAUGCAGAAGUUCGAUCCGGACACGAAAUUUGGCAACCCAAAUAAUAGAACCAUCGAGGUACUACAGCAAAUGCUGGAAUACUACACGCAGACUGCAGACCAGUGGCGUGUUAUGGCCUAUCGUAAAGCAAUCAACGUUUUGCGAAAGCAACCGAACAAGAUUGCUACACGAGCACAGGCUCGGGCUAUCCCUGGUAUUGGAGAGCGGUUAGCUGACAAAAUCGAAGAGAUUGUCUUGACUAACCGCCUUCGUCGUCUCGAAAAUGCCACCCAUACCCCAGAAGACUUGAUAAUUAAAGAAUUUCUUGGUGUAUAUGGUGCUGGCCUUCCCCAGGCCUCCAAAUGGGUUGCGCAGGGCUAUAGAUCUCUGAAGGAUUUAUUGGAAAUGGCUCCAUUGACCAAGCAGCAGCGUAUUGGGGUGGAACGCCAUAGCGACUUUGCGCAACGAAUCCCCCGCAAGGAGGUCGAAGCCCACGGGGCGAUCGUGCGAAAGGUGGUGCAGACUGUGGACAGGGAUAUGCAGGUGAUCAUCGGGGGCUCUUACCGCCGCGGAGCACUCACAUGCGGGGACGUGGACUGUCUGAUCACCAAACCUGGUGCCUCGCUGGAGCAAAUCCGCACUAUGAUGCUCGGCCUUGUUGUCCCUAUAUUGUUCAAUAGUGGCUUUCUGCAGGCCAGCCUUGCCAUCUCGACGCAUCAGGAUGGAUCUAAGUGGCACGGCGCAUCAGCCCUACCUGGCACCACCUUAUGGCGUCGGAUAGAUUUGCUGUUCGUUCCCGAUGCGGAGAUCGGGGCGGCGUUGAUAUACUUCACAGGGAAUGAUAUGUUCAACCGGAGCAUGAGAUUGCUAGCACGCAAGAAAGGCAUGUGCUUGAACCAAAAAGGUCUUUAUGGGGAUGUUCUUCGGAACCAGCAGGUGAAACUGAAUGGGGGCCGGCUGGUUGAGGGCCGGGAUGAGCGUCGGAUUUUUGCUGUGUUGGGUGUGCCCUGGCGGCCUCCCGAGCAUCGGGUCUGUUGA